AUGACCCUGCUCAAGGACGACGCACCGGCCUCGCCGGCGUCUUCGGACUGCAGCUCCGCCACUUCCUCCACGGACAGCAGCUCCAUGGUCGGCGCAGCUGGCUCGAAGCGCGGCGUGAUGCCCGAGCCCACCCCGAUGGUGCGCCUCUCGCCCGCGACCGAAGUGGCGAUCCGUCUGCUGCCAGGCAACGACCGCUGCGUCGACUGCAAGGCGAUCUGUCCGCAGUGGGCGGGCGUCUCGUUCGGCGUGCUGCUGUGCUUGGCGUGCGCCGGGAAGCACCGCUCGCUGGGCGUGCAGACCAGUUUCGUCAAGUCGUUGGUCAUGGAUGCGUGGUCCGCGAGUGAGGUUCGCGCACUGGAGCUGGGCGGCAACGCCAAGUGGAUCGCAGUGUGCGCUGGAACGGGGAUAUCGGAUCUUCCGAUGGUGGAAAAGUACGCGUCCGGCGUGGCGAAAGCCUACAAGAGCCGAGUGCAGCUGGCUGCUGCGAAAGACCCGUCCGUGGAGUGUGCGUUCACUGCCACAUCGUUUCUGUCGAUGUUGGCUGGCAUUGCAUCUCCGACUGUCGAAGAGAACCCGGUUCCAACUGUGAAGGAGGAUCCUGCAUCGUCCCCGACAUUGGUAGCGAAGACACUGAGUCCCGAUGAACCUGUGGACGGCACCACUGUCAAGUGUACGACGUGCUGCUCAAUGGUACCACUAGACCAGCUGAAUUCACACUCGAAGGCUUGCACCGUCACAGCAUCGCGCGCUGUGGAAUGGAGAAAAUAUGAGCGCAAGAUAGGAGCUCCUGGUGAACCGUUAGGCUUUACGCUGGCUAAAGCGAAGAGCGGGUAUGCGGAGGUGUCACGGGUUCUCCCGGGUGGUGCUGCUGAACGAGCCAACGUGAUAGUCGGGAGCUUACUUAUCGGUCUGAACAGCGUGAAGAACUUGAAGUUUGACGAAGUCGUGGAUACGCUUCGGACGCAGCCCCGGCCCGUGUUGUUCCAUUUCGUCUUCCGCUCUCAAAUGGCGCCAGAGGGCUCAAAGACGGUGAUUUCGUCGGUCCCCGAGCCUCGGACCGUCGAGAUUAACGUGACGCUGCAUGAUAAGGAAGAGCUUGGCUGCUCGUUGUCUGCAAACGAGUUCAACUGUGUCGUGCGGAGCGUUGAUCAAGAUUGCAUCGCAAGAAGGCAUGGCAUUUUGGUUGGCUCGCGAGUUGUGGCUGUCAAUGGCCGCAAGUACUUGAAGCCGAAAGAAUUGAUCCGAGAAAUCUGUACAGCUCAGCGUCCGAUAAAGAUAACAGUGCAUCGCGUGGAGGGGCUUAUGAGAGGUUGGAGCAGCUAA